GCCCAAUCUCCUUUCAACCUUUUUGGCCCGUCUUCCUUCCUCUUUCCCGUAGCUACAGAGGCAAUGGGAGAGCUCCUUCUGCUCCUCGGAGGUCUCAAACACCCCUUCUGAGAGGACACAACUCUCACAUCGUAGCAGUGUCUCAUUGGCAUGGUCAUACCCUCCUUUCCUUUGCCGCCGCCAUGCAACACUUUGUGGCCAUCUCUGCCAUCCUCUUCGGGCUACCUCGACUCAGCGUAGCCCAACCCCAGCGAACUACAUUUUCAGCGUUGCCUCGAGGUGCGACGUCGCAAGACUCUAAAGAUGCACUCGCGAGCCCACAGUCGCUCUUUCUACUGGCUCGCCAGACUGAGCCUAGACAAUCAUCAGGAGCAGGUCCGUCCUUUCCUGUAGCAGCCAUCGCAGGCCCCAUCAUUGCACUUGCCCUGAUCAUCGGCCUCGGAGUCACCUGGGCUCUGAAGCGCAAGCGUGCAUCUCGCCCUACCUCAAUCGCUCCUCCUACUUUGCGCACUGGAAGCAUCAGCCCAAGUACCUCUGCAGGCGAGUCCGGCUUUCAGACGGUGCGUCAGACCUCUGCCCCGACAUCUCAGCCUAGCUCCGAAGUCCCCACUCGUACAAGGCUCUGGAGAGCUUUUGUUGCCUCUUUCGUUGUACAUCCUCCUGGAGGACCUGUUCAAGUUCACACAGGCGCCCCCACCCGAGCAGGAGCAAACCGCGAAGGCGAUCGCCACCGGGGUUAUAGAGGAGACCACCGUCGUCUUCGCCGUACAGACAGUGGUCAGUCUAUCCGCACCGUCCCAGAGUAUGCUAGCGAAGUACAUGCCGACGAAGUCAUGCUCUACAAGGCAGCCGAUGAUCCAUUGCUGUCGACUGGGGAAUGGGAAAGAGGGACCGGUCGGCAACCAAGCCUCACGGCUAGCAUUCGCAAUUCACUGAGCAGGUCUCUACGGAGAACUUUCCGUAGUCCUUCUGCUAGCCGAUCUCGUCCGCCACGUAGUCGGACUGCAGAUUCUCGGAGUCGCCAACCACACGAAGCGGAGGAGCAAGAGCUGCAGAUCACCAUUAGUCGAGAGGACGGGCCUGGGACAGCCGCAGAAGGGCAAGCAACAGAGGUAGAAGCCUUUUACAUUCCCGACUACGAUUCGCUUUACCCGUCUCAAAUAGAUUUGGCCCUUCCUGAAGCGGCAGCAACGCCGGUAGAGACGCCCGACACAUCUCGUAGAGGAUCUUGGCAAGCGACGUCCCGACAAAGCCUGCUCCCACGAGUCUCGCGGGCUCCUAUGCGGGCGGCUGGGGAUGACCUCUCCGAAGCUUCGAAUCUCGUCGCGAUGCCAACAGGCGGCAACGCCGAAGCGCCAGCUUCUCCACCGUCCACGCGCCACCGUGCGUCUCUGACAGAUGCUACGUCCCGCCCCGGCCUGGUGGGAGACUCUACCGCCGACCUGCGCUUGAUCCAGAGUGGGCCUGUGCUAUCAUCGCAAUCGGCGUCGUCUCUACACCCACACUCCUCCGAUCGAUACCCCCAAGGUAACUUGCGAAACACUGUCUUCCACCUUCGCUCGACUGGCCAGCUCACACCGCAACAGGUGGACUUUAUGAACUCAGCCGAGAGCCUGGGAAGGUAUGGCAUCUCCCUCACUGGCACGGGCACUAGCACGCCUCGAGAAUACCACGAGAGAGGCCGGUCAUCUCCUGGCUUCUUUGCCUCCCACGGGCCAACGGAGGACCUCGGUGGACCACCCCCGCCUGGAUACGGAGGCGCAGCGCUUGCUUUGCCCGACGUGUUCAUGUCCGCUGAUACCCCGAUGCCUGCCAGCAUUGUCCUACGAACGCCUGAGACAGCCUCUCCUCGAGCUCAAGUGACCUCACAAGGGCCAUCGGACUCGGCCAGUACUUCUCGAACCGGGACGCCUGUCAGGGGUCUCACUUCUGGCACACGCUCCUCCCUGACGUCGCCAAAACUUCUUCGCUCGCUUCACAACUCUCUGUUGUCCCUCUAUGGGGAGCUUCACGAAGAACAAGUCCUGCUAGAGCGCCUGUGGUACAAGAGCCAUGCUCAAUUCAGGGGCGCCAAGUGGUUCAAGAGCAUCGACGCAGUGAGGAGAGGAUUACGUAGAGCCCUUGGCCAGCAAGAUGGUCAUCUCAAAAGGGGUGGCAAGAGGAAACAGCGGCAUGUCUCUCAGGCAGGGCAUGAGACACAGCUAUUGCAUGUCCUCGAUGCGAAUGCCGAGCUCUACUACUCGCUCUUUGACGCCCCGGUGCCUGUGGCUCAGACGUCGCUGGCAGCUCUACCGAAGCUCUCUUCCCCGCUGGCCGGGCCUGGCGCCUCUUCGUUCUCACAGCAAAUCAAACACACACUGAAUGUCCUGCGUCUCCUCUACCUCUUUUCAGCCAUUCAAAGUGGCAGCCGGAAUGCAUUCGCUAUCCUACGGGCUCACCUCAACACACCACCAGCACCUACCUUUGCACCCCUCGCGACGGUCCUCUUGGCCGUUGCUAGCCGAGUGGAGGCCUACUGCGAAAAGGCCCUCUUUGGCAAUGAGCGUAGUGAGAAGUUGAAGAUGCCCGUAGAGGCGGCAGAGGAGAAGAGGGUAGGGCUAGUGGAGUGGUACGAGAGGGAGAGACGCUCGCUGCCCUCUUCUUCAGCGGACUUGGUUGCGGGCAAGGGAAAUGCAUGCUCGUUGGACAUCAAUUGUUGCCCUGCUCCGCUGCAGCAAUUGCUCCAGUCUCGAACAGGCGACUGCGUCUCUGCCGAGGAAGAGGCGAAGUUGCUGACCGUAAUGCCCUUGAAGCUGCGUAGACCUCCCGGCGCAGUGCUGGGCGAGGUCAAGAGCGAAACCAAAGUAAGAGGAACGAAGCGCAAGACGCUCGGCUUGAGUCUUAGCGGCGAUGCCGAUGUAGACGCAGAUGCAGAUGCAGAUGCAGUGGAGGGAGGGGCCGGUCUGGACGCAGAUGGACUGCCGCCGGUGCCUAAGAAGCGCAAGGGGCUUUGGGAGGAGCUGAGCAUGGAUGCGCUUGGACGUGGUGAUGGGGGAGGUGACGACGAUGACGAUGACGAUGACCUUGGGGUGAGGGUGUAGGGGACAGGACUGCGCUGUGAGAGGGCGGUAGCGCAUUCAUUACAUUGAGGGAGGAUCGCUCCAGUUCAUACAAGGUGUCACCUUUUCCUUUGUUCCGUUCCGUGCUUCUUCUUGUAUGUGUUUCCGACUCUUGUGUAUCAUGCAUCCUAUAUAUAGACUCUUUCUCUCUAUUUCCAUCGCCAGAGAUGCAGCAGGCGAGAGUGGGC